AUGGCUCAGCCGAAGAUUACCCUUUACGUUGACAUUGUCAGCCCGUUUGCUUACAUUGCUUUCUACAUCUUGAAAAACUCAAAGGUUUUUAAGCAGGUUGAGGUGACGUAUGUGCCUAUUCUGCUUGGGGGGUUGAUGAAGGUCUGCGAGAAUACACCACCAUUGAGGAUAAAAAACAAGGACAAAUGGAUAAACACAGAGCGUCAGCGCCUAUCCACUCACUUUAACGUCCCCAUCUCGCAAGAUACUCCACCUGGCUUCCCCAUCAACACACUGCCUAUCCAACGCGCCCUAGUUUCCCUCUCUCUGUCGCAUCCCCAAGCCCUUGAACAAGCCAUCGCCCUGUUUUACGAAAACUUCUGGGCAAAAUGGAAUGAUCCAAUCAAGCCGGAGAACCUGCUUGCUAUUCUCGCAGUUGCCUUGGGUAGUGAGGAGGAGGCAAGCAAGGUGCUAGAGAGGACCAAGACGGAGGAGGUGAAGAAGGUGCUAGGUGGGAAUACGACCAAGGCGUUUGAGGAUGGGGCUUUUGGCCUGCCUUGGUUUGUUGCUACGAAUGAAAAGGGGGAGACUGAGGGAUUUUGGGGCGUUGAUCAUAUGGGGCUGAUAGCACUCGCUAAGCUACUUCGCCAGCUAAAUCCACUGCCUUCAACUCUUCUCAAUGGUCUUUACCAACCACAUUCAUUUUCUCAACCACCUCUCCAAUUCUCUUUCAAGAUGGAUUACUACCGACGGAACGAACUUCCCGAGACAGUCAAGCGUUACAAAACGUAUACCGAACAGUUUCAGGCAUGGCUGCUCAAGACGGGAAUUCAGCGCGGCGUGGAACUCGCAAAUAUAGUCGCAGACCAGGCUAAGAAGAAAAAGAGAAAAAAGGGCUACAGAAUAACACUACAAGAGCAGGAGCAACUCGUCAACGCCAUCACUGCUACAAGCGUUCCACUUGCCGACACCUCCGGUAUCAACGACCUCGAAGAUGCCAUCCGCUCCAGGAGAGAGGUGACGCAAUACCACAAACACAACAACACGGCGGAUUUGGGUCACGAAUACUUCAACGGGAGCCUAGAGACGCUCAUGGCGUCGUUGAGAGUUCUCGUCCCUGGAAUGAACAAAGCUCGAAAUCGCAAGAAUGACACGCCCACAUUCGUGUUCAUUCAGCUUCCCACUGGUCCCAAGACAAGCCAAGAUGAACAAGACGACUUGCUCAAGAAAAUGCGGGAACAGGACCAAUGCGACAUGGAGAGUGAUGGUCAGCAGCAACAAACUCCGACAUCCAGGACGAAGAAGAAGGCACCAAUAUCAGAGACAAAUCCGCUGACUGCAGAGGAAGAGCAGCUGCGCCGCGAAUUCCUUAUACUCUGCUUUCUCUACACUUUCAACCGCAUACGAGAUGUCCUCUACGAGGUUUGGGUGCUCUACCACAAGGGCCUUGUCAAUUCGAUCACAGCAGCGUUGGUAUCAGACCUGGCUCAGGACCAAAUGAACCAAAACGUCAAGUCACUCGUGGAAGAGCUUGAUCUGCUACCUGGAGAAUUGGCCAUACUCAUCCACCAACUUUUCAACAAAACCAAAGCUGCUCUUGAGACUGGGGCGCAAAAUUCUGCGACACUACCUGCUGAAAAGGUAUUGCGCCACCUGUUCGGUCUGGAUGCUGCUGCUUUGAUCAAAACCUACAUUACGAAGACAUACCCAACAGAGGACAGUGCUGACGAAGAUAUACGAGAGCAUCCUCUCAUGCUCUUCUUGAAGUUCUUCGACGUCAUUCGCAAGGGCGGUCUCAAACUUCCUAAGUGGGAUCACUUUACUGAAGAGAUGUUAUUGCACCAGAGUACAUCACAGGACUACCUGCUGUUCGGCUUGGCCAUUGUCCUUGACAUCCAGGAAGCUGUACGUGAGGACUACCGUCGGAUGUUACGCGACCUUACCGAGCACGGUUUGGAUAUCGCUAGAUGUAUCCGUUAUCAUGUCGAUUACGAGGAUCGCACGUGGGCCAAGGGCACAAAGCCAGAUUACAUGUGCAAAGAAGAGAUUAAAUUUAGCACCAUCCUUCUCAAUCCUCUAGACAGGCUGUUAGAGUGGCUACAAGAGCUUUUGAACUCUCAAGAAAAGCUAAUGACUGCUAGCGUCUUCAUCACUGUCCACUCGACGCUCGCAGGACUCUCUAUGUGGCACUUUAACUCUAUCUAUCAUCAUACUGCGAUUGCUAAGAUACAAUGGUUCAUUCAUGGUAUGGCCCAUCUAUACAACGCCGCCUGCCAGAUGGGUGGUCUGGAGAUUCUAUGGUCAGACCUGGACUACCUGAUCAUGAUAUAUGGGGCCAAGGUUAUGUUCCGGGGUGAUCCACCUACUCACCCUAACGACUUCCUCAACCGCUAUCUCCUCUCGGGCAACACUAGCAGUCGCGUUAUGGCUUCAGACUUCCGUCACACGUCCGAAUUUCUACCUCAAAUCUCGAGAGAACUUGGUGCCAAGCGUGGUUUGCAACCCGAAUUGCCUUUGGAAGCCAAAAUCUGCGACUACUACGAUUCAGAUGCGGACAACGAUCGUUGGCUGAGGCGUCACGCAGUCUUUAACUACCUCUAUGGACAAAGCGAGGAUACCGACAAGACACCAGAUGAUGACUGUCAGGAAGCUACUCAAGAUAGGAAGGGCCUACGAGAUACAUUCGCGAACCUAGCGGCCAAUAUCGCGCCUCCAAAGCCAAGGCGAAAAGGAAAGAGCAAAUCCAGGGUACACAGACCCGACUUCGACAAGCAAGAUGAGACCCACGCCAAACUCUUCGGUACAAUGAAAUCAGAACUACGAGAGAACGAGGUGCACAGUAAUUUCGACUUCCUUUCCUUUUACCGCCGCGCUUACGACCUCGUUCUGCGUAUCCGUAAGGAAGUGCUGAUGAGUGAUCAAGUCCAGCGCUUCCGCGCCGAAGACAUGAAUGCUGAUCCAGAUCCCCCUAACUUUCAACUGAUAACUGAUCUCUUCCGCGCGCUUCAAAUCGAUCCAAAAACUAAGAAAGGAGAGGAAGCAGAAGCUGAGGAAGGUGCUGGGUAUCAGCUGUCUACCAAGGUCGUGCCGUUGAAACAGAUUCGACGUGUCGCGGAGAUGAUCCAGGAUUUAACUCGUAGUGAAGGUGAUGUGGAGUUGAAGCGCGCGAAGUUGCGGGUCAAGGGAGAUUGGGAGGGUCUCAAGGCUUCGUAUGCUGCUGAAGAGGCGGGCAGGGACACAUCUACCGUCGACGACACCGUCGCUCAAGUUGAGAAGGUGGUGCUCAAAACUGCUGACGACAAUGUCGAUUCCAAUACUACUCUGCGUAAUGACGACGGCGAUCAUCGAGUCAAGCACAAGUUUGAGGCAGAUGGAGACUCAGUAGAUGAUCCACAGUAUACGCCUGGCAACCAGCUCACAGGAACAGACCAUUCAAAUAACAAUCUGAGAGGCAUGUUAAACAAGCCGGCAACUACAGCAAUUAUAGAUGUCAUCGGAACUCAGAACGGUAGGGUUUCAUUACACAAGGAAAACGGAAAGAAAGGCGUCAAGCGCAAGCACAAAGCAGAUGAAGACACCGAGAACGGCCCAGCCUAUACUCCUAGCCUAUGCGAGCAGAUCAGCGAUCCUGUAUAUGGCACCAUCUCUCAAUACGCCCUCGCCCUCUAUGCUGGCAAAUUAAGGCAAGGCCAACCUUCAAACGACCUAACCCAACAGAUCAUCAGUACCACAGACUCAACUUCUCUCGCAAUACCCUCACCUAACGACCAACGUAACAACCAACUCAACGUCGCAGAACCCACGUACCACACCCCGGAAAUCCCACACGACCGCAUUCCAUCCUUGCCGUACGUCCAAGAAGACCAAAAUAGUAGCUCUAUCCCAGCCGCGCAGAGGCUACUAUCGUCGUCUCACCAGCACUACUAA